AUGUCUUCACCAUCCCAUAACAACCAAGAUGACAAAGGCGGAGACAAAAAUAGCGAUCGUGAUUCUUCCGAACGGGAUGAAGUAGUGGAAGCGUUGGUGGCAUUACUGCCCAUGGAGAUGAAGAAUGUGUUGGACGAUACUAUCCUUUGCAAGAUGCAGAAUUUACUGCGAGUGCUCCGGACAAAUGCCCCCAACAAACUAUCCAGACUCGACCAGGAAAAGACGCGUGCUGCCAUUUUGUUGGACUACGCGGUCCAAAGCGAACGAAAAGUGGUCUUGUUUCCUACCACUAGUAGCAUGAUGAAAGCACUGGGAAUCGACCCAUCGGAACUGGAAACCUUCCAAGCAUUGAGAGACACGAUUGUCACGCUUCUCGAAGCAAAACCUCCUGCUAAUAUCAUCGAUAGCAGAAAACGCACGAGAGGUGACGACGAGCCUGCAGAAGAAGAAGAACAACCACAGCUCAAACAGCACAAGACAUCCGACGCCAAAGAAGAAGAGGUAGACUUUACGUUGCUCUUGUCGGACCAUCAACGUUUACCCAUCACCAAAUCCCAGUCCGAAAAACUACAAGAAUCCUGCGCCUUUUUCCGGAAUGCUUUUCGUCACGGAACCAAGGAAUGUCAACAACGAAUCAUUGCCAAACCGGAUUGGACACUCGAAGUUGCCAAAUCCAUAGUGGAACUUACGCUGCACGGGAAACUCCCAGUACCGACAGCAACCAACGGCGGAUCGUAUGCACCCUUGAAGGAAGCAGCCGAUCAAAUUCUAUUGCCCAUUCGAGUGUCUCAUCCAAUAUCCGGACGCGACAUUCGAGAGGACUGUCAGCUGGUCCAGUUGAUGGCAGAAUCGUGGAAGGCGGCCAAAACUGUAUUUACCAUGGACAUGACCAUUCGCAAUCAAAAAUUGCUACGAAACAAUAAUAACAAUAACAACAACCAAAUUGGGGAAGUUUGGGGAGACCUCUUGACGGCGGGGACUGUCUUUGUGGAUUCUACUACUACAGAAGAACAGCAAUCAGCAUCACAACAACUACAACAAGACGGAAUUGUUAUGAAGCUCACACCGUCGUCGACAACAACAGAGGAAGAACCGACAUUGGUUCCACCCGCAGACAUGCUCUCUGUGGGAUCUUUUGCGCCCCUUUCCAUUUCAAUCUAUCAUACAUGUGUCCAGCUCAGCAACUCACUCAGAAAUCGACGUCGACCCUUGCAAGAAACAAACAAUCGACCCGCCUGCAUGGCCAUGCCCUUGUACUUGGGAGGCAAACAGUGGCUGGCGAAUCAGUUCCCCGAUCUCGAGUUCUUGACCAUUGAAGCCAACAAUGUGCCCAACGUACUCCACAUGACAAGAGUCACUUCCGAAUUCACAGACUUGCAAAAGGUGCUCCGGGCAGCACGAGAUCUCAUUGCUCCCGUCAAUCUCACCAAACUAUGCUAUCUACUAGUGCCUGAUCCGGAUGUGGCAGUGUUGGGAAAAUUGAUUCGAGCCUGUCAGGCAUGUCCGGAAAAUCCAGGAACCAUUGGGUGGGAUUUGGAAAAGAAUCAAUUCUGCACCCUCAAGACGUUGAGAGAUACACAGUUCAUUCUGGAUACCUUGGCAAACACGUCCACCAGUCGAGAUGGGGACGCCGAUAGCACAAUUCGUUUGAUCAAUGUGGACAUGACGUCGGCACCUGCUUGGUUGGCUUACUGA